UCAUUCAUUCUCAUCAAACCACAUUUUCAUUCAAAAUCUAUAUGGGUUAUUGCAAUGGCAAAAGCCUAUUGGCUUUUGGGUUAGUGAUUUGUGUGACACUGACCUUAAUAAGGGUAGGGGAAGGGAGGGUGCCCUUUGCAUGUGACCCUAAAAAUGGGUUAACAAGAGGGUUCAAGUUUUGUAGAACAAACGUGCCUAUACACGUGAGGGUGCAAGACCUCAUAGGAAGGCUCACAUUGCCUGAGAAAAUAAGGCUUGUGGUGAACAAUGCCAUUGCGGUGCCAAGGCUUGGAAUCCAAGGCUAUGAGUGGUGGUCAGAAGCACUACACGGCGUUUCCAAUGUGGGGCCCGGUACCAAGUUCGGUGGGGCCUUCCCUGGCGCCACUAGCUUCCCUCAAGUCAUCACAACCGCUGCUUCCUUCAAUCAAUCACUGUGGAAAGAAAUUGGACAGGUGGUAUCCGAUGAAGGAAGAGCAAUGUACAAUGGGGGACAGGCAGGUUUGACGUAUUGGAGUCCUAACGUGAACAUAUUCCGUGACCCACGGUGGGGCCGUGGUCAAGAGACUCCCGGAGAAGACCCAGUUUUGGCCGCAAAAUACGCCGCCAGCUAUGUCCAAGGACUCCAAGGCGACGGUGGCGGUAACCGCCUCAAGGUUGCUGCUUGUUGCAAACACUACACUGCCUAUGACCUUGAUAACUGGAAUGGCAUGGACAGGUUCCAUUUCAACGCCAGGAAGCAUGAUUAUGAUGAUGAAAAAUGGCUUGGGGUAUUGAUGGGCGUGCAGGUAAGCAAGCAGGAUUUAGCGGACACUUAUGACGUACCAUUUAAAGCCUGUGUGUUAGAAGGGAAGGUGGCGAGUGUGAUGUGUUCCUACAAUCAGGUGAAUGGCAGGCCCACGUGUGCUGAUCCUGAACUCCUUCGCAACACUAUUCGUGGCCAAUGGGGCCUCAAUGGGUACAUAGUCUCGGAUUGUGACUCAGUUGGGGUUUUCUAUGACAACCAACACUACACGAGAACACCCGAAGAGGCAGCCGCAGAGGCUAUAAAAGCAGGCCUGGACCUCGAUUGUGGUCCAUUCUUGGCCCUCCACACCGAUUCUGCUAUUAGGAGAGGGCUCAUUUCCGAAAACGAUCUUAACCUUGCCUUAGCCAACCUUAUUACGGUCCAAAUGAGAUUGGGCAUGUUUGAUGGGGAACCAUCGGCCCAACCAUAUGGAAACCUGGGCCCAAGAGACGUGUGCACACCGGCCCAUCAACAACUGGCCCUCGAGGCAGCUAGACAGGGUAUUGUCCUUCUACAAAACAAAGGAAACACCCUGCCACUAUCCCCUGUGCAACACCGCACCGUAGGAGUCAUUGGACCCAAUUCGGAUGUUACUGUUACAAUGAUAGGGAACUAUGCCGGUGUGGCAUGUGGUUAUACGACGCCGUUGCAAGGGAUUGCGAGGUACGUCAAGACCGUUCAUCAGGUCGGAUGUAGGGAAGUGGCUUGCGGUGGAAACCAACUAUUUGGAGCAGCCGAAACUGUAGCCAGAAGAGUUGACGCCACUGUGCUGGUAAUGGGCCUUGACCAGUCCAUAGAAGCUGAAACAAGAGACAGACUUGGGCUGCUCUUACCAGGCCACCAACAAGAGCUUGUGUCUAGGGUCGCCAGGGCCUCAAGAGGCCCAGUUAUCUUGGUUAUAAUGUCUGGUGGCCCAGUUGAUGUUACAUUUGCCAAAAAUGACCCCAAGAUAAGUGCUAUUUUGUGGGCCGGUUAUCCUGGCCAAGCUGGGGGAACUGCUAUAGCUGAUGUGAUCUUCGGCACAAGUAACCCUGGAGGAAGAUUACCUAUGACAUGGUACCCACAGGGGUAUUUGGCAAAAGUGCCAAUGACAAACAUGGAUAUGCGUCCAAACCCAGCAACUGGGUACCCAGGAAGAACCUACAGAUUCUACAAAGGUCCAGUAGUGUUCCCUUUUGGGCAUGGCCUGAGUUACUCCAGAUUCUCUCAAAGCUUAGCACUUGGACCAAAACAGGUCUCAGUGCCUUUAGUAAGCCUCCAAGCACUCUCAAACUCAACCUUUUCAAGCAAAGCAGUGAGGGUGAGCCAUGCCAAUUGUGAUGCAUUGGAGAUGGCAUUUCACAUUGAUGUCAAAAAUGAAGGGUCAAUGGAUGGGACCCACACCCUUCUCAUUUUCUCAAAGCCGCCACCUGGAAAAUGGUCUGCAGUUAAACAGUUGGUCGGCUUCCACAAGACCCAUGUUCCUGCUGGCUCAAAACAACGAGUCAAAGUUGGUGUUCAUGUCUGCAAUCACCUUUCCAUUGUGGACGAGUUUGGGAUUCGAAGAAUCCCAAUGGGUGAGCAUGAACUCCACAUUGGUGAUGUCAAACAUUCCAUUUCUGUCCAAACUCUGGAUGAAAUCAAACACUAGAAGAAUAACUGUCAAGCAAAUUUGACAGAUACACCCAAGUUUUACAAAUAGCAAUGAUUCCUUAGUAAGUUGCAAAUACGAAGAAUAAAAAAUGAAGUGGCGUGCCUGCAAAUGUAAAAUAAGAAUUAAGGAAUAGGUGGUCAUUUGUAAUUGUAAGUCAAUUAUACUGCAACAUAGUUGCCAUUCUUACUGCAAAUGUAAAAUAAGGAAAUAGUGGUGACAUUUGUAAUUUGUAAACCAGUUAUAGUGGCAAGUGUAUUGUUCAUACUUCAUAUAUCUCAAAAAGGGUCUUGGAAGUUGAACUUAGUUUUUUUUUUUUUUUUUCUCAUUCAAUCUGUCGUCUAAAAAUUGAAUGCUCGUGUUUAACAUAUUUUUUUGAAGUGACUAAAAUUUAUUAAAAAUUAUAAAAAUACGUAGAUUCACUC